AUGGCUCCUCGCUCUCAACUCGAAAUCACGACCUCUUCGGUCAUUCGCCUCGUCAAGGAGGAGGCUUCCUACCACAAUGAGCUGAUCCAGCAGGCCGAGCGCAUCAAGAAGCUGGAGAAUGCUCAGGGUGGUGAAGACGAGAACCAGGAGUAUCUGCUUAAGCAAGAGCGCUUGGCCCUCGAGGAGACCAAGAAGGUCCUGCCUUCCCUGAAGACUAAGCUCGUCAACACCGUGGCCGAGCUGGAGUCUCUGAUUGCUGAGGAGGGCCAGAAGGGCUUCGAGAGCAACGUUGAGCACAUCACCGCUGCCAAGGGGGCUAUUGCGAAGGCGAAGACUGCUGAGCGGGAGAUCUCCUAG